AUGGCAUUUUAUGGAAAAGUUUUUGCUGUUGAGAAGGACGAAAACUACGAGGCAUUCGUCAAAUCGAUGGGAAUCCCGGAAGAUAAACAGAAAAACCUACUAGAAUAUAAACCAACUCAAAAAAUUGCGAAGAAUGGUGACGAAUAUACCGUCACUGUCGGAACGAAAAAUGGUGAAAGAGUCUACAAUUUUAAAUCUGGCAUUGAAUUCGCAAGCACCAUAAGAGAUCAACCCGCAAAAAUUACAGUGACUGUAGAUGGAAACAAAAUGACACAAGUAGUUAAAUUUGAUAUUGGACUUACUUUAACUCUCAAGAAAGAAUACACUGAUGACACGCUAACCGAGGAAAUCAGUCACAAUGGAUGGGACGGUGUUGCUCGAAGGUUCUACAAAGCACAGUGA